AAAGGAUCGCCGUCGCCGUCGUCGUAUGCAUUAGUACUUAUUGUUGUCGUCGUUGCCCACGAUGGCGACGGAUGCUCCUGCUUUGAGUCUACGUUUCGACCCCAACUCACUCCCGCUUGGUCAACUAGAGUCUCUUCGAUUCAAAGCAGUCCAAAUCAUUGAGUCUAUCCAGACUCUCCAACGUACACUCGAUGGCUCGUUGGGAGGAAACCCAAAUGUAAUGCCAGCAUGGCCGGACAUUCUCACAAAAUAUAAUAUUUUACUUUCGCAAACUCACAGUUUCUCGCAAUCUUUACUUACUGUCCCACAUUCUUCUUACUCGUCCCAAUCAUCUUCCACCCAUUCGGCAUUUGAGCGUAUUGCUCUCCAUCCUUAUGUUCCAUUACCCGACACACUCCUCGAUAAUUCCCUCACCCCUCUUUUGCGCAAUCAACAGACGACAGAUGUCCUUCGCAUGGAAAGUAAUACUGUAAGGAGAAUUGCCGAGAAGAUGCUUCCCAGCUUGUCGGGCCCAGCAGGUCCUGCAACACAUGAAGUUACCAUUUCCGCCAUGUCUGCCGUCCGUGCUGCUCACGAUUCGCGCGUUGAGCGUGCAGUACGCGCUGUCACAAUGCUGAGGGAGCGAUACGAGUGGCGUCAACGUGUUGAAGUGGAAAUAGAAGAGCCUGACGAUGUUGUCGAGGAAGAGACACCAACGCCUACAUUUACACAAGCACAAGCACCUACUCCUAAUCUCCAGACACCAACGCCCACUCAGAAUCACGUUCUCAGUCACUCUUUUGAUCAUGAUGGCGACAAUGAUGGGGAUGAAGAAGAGGUUGAAAGUGAGCUCGUUGAUCGCAUAGACGGAGAUGGCGAUAGUAGCGAGCACCUUCUAGCAGGAGGAGACAUUGAAAUGACAUGACAUGGACAAACGAAGAGUUGGCUUGUAUGCACGUUUUCAGAUACCGUCAAGGGUCCAACGCACUUCAAGGCCUUCGAGGACGUCGCGAAUGUCUACCUCAACUAAUCUUGUUAUCGGGACUCCGAGUCCUAUCAUGACAGUGUUAGUGGGCUGUAGUGAUGCAUAUACACUAUCAGAACAUGUGGGCGUCCGUCGACCUUUGUACAUUCGUGAUUUUAUCCACCGUUAUUCAUCGGAUACGCGUCGACUCUGGAUCACAUACACGCUAUUUGCCUUCCUCACGACAUGGUGUCAUACAGUCUGAGCUUGUUAUUAUCAGUGUAAUCAGUCACUUUUGUCUUCAAUUUUUGAACUUGCAAAUCCUGUUUAUAUUGUCGACUGAAAUAUCUGUCGACCUCUAGG